GAAGCAGCACAUCGCAUCUUAGUAGUUUGCCGACGGUCGUCGUGCGUUAUACUCGUACGACAUCAACAAACGUGCGUUUCUUUCUCAACGUCUGCGGCUCCUCGAAUUUUUCAUUUCUCUCCUUUUUUCUUUCAUUUCAUUCCUCGCUCAGCAACCACUCGAUCUCGUUCUACGUUCUAAUUUAUUGUUAACAAGCGCGCACGGACUGCUGGACACAUACGACACACGUGUAACGAAUCAAUCAAUUUAUUACGUUUCAAAAGUAUACAUUUUUUAUAUAUUUGGUUAAUAAAACGCAAAGUUCCUGAGAACGAGAGACACAACUGUCGGAAGAUCGUAAUUCUACUGGUAAACUGUUCCGAAGGAAACCCCCAUACGUUGUGCGGAAACCUCGAAGAAGAGACGUUGAAACAGCGUUCAUUAUGGUGCAAAAAUAAUGUGAUUACUCGAGCGUUAUUUCACUAAUACUUCGAUAAGUUUACUGAAUAACGAGGAUUAAUGAAAAAUCGUCGGCUAUUUAAUUGCUUCUUCAAAGCGUAAUCAACGUUCGAGGAAUUCCUGUGCGUGACGUGUGUUAUUCAGUGGAUUAUUCAAUCGUCGAAGACACAAAGUUCAACGCAAAUUGUUUUUUGUAUUUAAAAUAAACAACAACGACAUCGGUAAAAAGUUAUUUCAACAAUACGAUCUAAAUGAACUUCUCCGUGUGAACGCAACACUGUGAAUGGAGUGUCAAAGUGUUGAACAUCAGUACGGAUCGUAGAAUGGCACUGUCUUAUCUGCAGGAAGCACAGAUCAACGCAGGGCUCCACGCAACUCAGCAAUACGAGAUGAAGCAGGAUAUGGAGAAAAAGCCAAUGUCGCCGCCGUUAAACAAUAACACAUCGUCGUCGCUGUUCCCAAGCAUGGGCGCAGCAGCAGCAGCAGCUGGACUGUCAAUGCUAACGCCUCAACAAUUAUUGGCUGCUAGCCGGACAGCAGCCCUCAUGGCAGCCGGUAUUCCUGUUUCAUUGCACGCAAGUCUAGCCGCGAGUCCACCGUUCUAUCGUCAUCAUCAGACCUUGUUUGGUGGUUGGCCAUCGCCGACGGCCUCUUCGCCACCCUCACCGUUGCAUCACUCCAGCGGGCCCAUAUCCCCGGCACUCAGCACGAAAUCCAAUUCACGGAGGGCCAACAAUACGACGAGCCACCACAAUAACAACAAUAACAACAACAAUGUGGUCAGCAGCAGCGCCGAUAGGAUUACGAAAAAGGGGCACGCUGCUAAAAGACGAGCGAAACAAACGAAGACUCAAGAAACUACGCAGAGCAUCGUUCUCGAAGGUACCGCACCUCCUAGUCCGCCUACAUCCGUAAGUCCCGAAGCUGGAAAAGACACCAGAGACAAAGUAUUCACCUGUGGAGUUUGCUCGCGAUCCUUCGGUUACAAACACGUUUUGCAGAAUCACGAGCGCACCCAUACGGGAGAGAAACCCUUCGAGUGCCCGGAAUGUCACAAGAGAUUUACCCGGGACCAUCACUUGAAGACGCACAUGAGAUUGCACACGGGUGAGAAGCCAUACCACUGUAAUCACUGUGACCGGCAGUUCGUGCAAGUGGCGAAUUUGCGUCGUCAUUUGCGCGUGCACACGGGCGAGAGGCCAUACGCGUGCGAGUUGUGUUCAGCCAAAUUUAGCGAUUCGAAUCAGUUGAAGGCGCAUUUGCUAAUUCAUAAGGGUGAAAAGCCGUUCGAGUGUGAGCAGUGUCAGAUGCGUUUUCGAAGGAGGCAUCACCUCUUGCAUCACAAGUGUGGUACGCAAACGUCGAGAUCGAACGUUGCUUCGCCGUCGGUUGCGAGCGAAGACUUCGACGAAGAUAUCGACAUUGACAUUGAGGCUGAGAUGGAGGAAGUCGAACCGACGGUAGCUCACACUCGCAAGGCUGCGACGCCCGUUAGAAGACUGCCCCAAGUGCAGCAGCCCCAGCAACCUCAACAACAACAGCCCCAACAAACGUUGCAGCCUCAGCAACAGCAGCAGCAGCAGCAGCAGCAACAACAGCAACAGCACCAGACGAGUCGGCCAAUCGCGAGUCCCGUAGACGACACGAGUCUCCAGAUGCCACUCAAUCUUUCGGGCAACAGUUCGGUCAUACCCGAGCAAACGGAGCCGGAGGAUUUAUCGAUGUCGACGAGAACCCGUCGACCGCAUUCUCACUCCCACAGUAGCGGUGAUUCGCCGCUGAGUCGUAGUCCGUCGAGCGACACGAUACACGAGGACAUCGACGACGAGCUCGACGUAUCCGAAGCGAGUCCGAGUUCGCUCUUUCUUCAACGCCAUCACAAGGAAUUCAGGCAUUAUCUCGCUGAUCUUAGCUCCAACAUCAGCCACGCCUCCUAGUGCAGUCUCCUCAAGGGUACGUAGCGAUAGUACGAGUGCAAAAAGAAAAAACGAGAGAGAGAGAGAGAGAAAGAGUGAAAUGGAGAAAGAAGCAACGAGUGAAAGGAUAAACCAAAAAAUUAUCAAUUAAUUACGACGGAGGAUCGAAAAAUACUCGGAUCACGGAGCACGUGAGUACGAAUACGGGCCGAUUUCCUCGACGGAAAUAACACACACAUACACACACGCGCGUACGCUCACGGACAGCAAGCCCUGAAUCGUGAUCGAGCGAAUGGAAAUUCCGCCAAUUAUCGGAUACAAAUAAUUGAAAAAAAUAAAAAAAGAAAGAUAAAUCGUUCACUAAACAUCUCAACGAAUCAAUCGUUCUUGCCAAACGACUUAACUCAACAUUCGAAUUUAUUCACGAAGGCCAUAUCAAUUUUCAAAUAUUCAGAUUUUUUUAUCUGAACACGGGAAAAUAAUUGUAAAAUAAAUAAGACAAAAAACAACCCAUCAAACCAAUAAAGUACGAUUUUCAGUACAUACCGGUUCACAGUCACUACGCGUUAAGAGACUUUUAUAGAAUGUAUAUGUAAAUAUACAUAAAUAUAUAUAAACAAAAAUCUAUUAUAUUUCAUGGAAAAACUAUUGUGGAUGCGCUCACGGAAGCUGGCGCACGCUCAUGAGAACCUAAACUUCUAAAAUUCUCGAUCGUGUUUACGAUAAAAAAUCCUCAUUGAACUGCGGUCAAGAUAAAAAAGACAGACUAAAUAAAACAGAUUAACAAAAUAAAAUACGAAACACAAAUACGGAGACAAAAAUUAAAUUCAGGGAUGCGUUUACGUAGAUUAAUAUUACAUAUAUAUUAAUAUAUACAUAUGUAUAUGGAUAUAUAUGUAUGUUAUAAAUCAUAUAUAUAUAUAUAUAUAUAUAUAUAUAAUAGUACUAUAUAUUUGGAGGAGGAUAAAAAUGAGGAAAUCGACGGAUGACGUUUGGGAAAAAAGAGAAAAAGAUGGGACCUUUCGAUGCUUUUCUUUUCUCGCUUCUCCCUCAUCUUCAUCGUCGUAUUUCGUGUGUAAAUAAUCUCGCGCCGGAUCCAACGUCCGGAUUAGGUACAUUAUUGUGUAUAUACAUAUAUACAUAUAUGUAUGUUAUAUAUGUAUAUACGAACGUUCGUUGGUUUAAGUUAGUCGUUGUAGUUAGCGAGUGUUUCGUUUCGGGUUUAACUAUAACAUCUCUAUCAUCAUUGUUUUUCGAUUUUUCUCUUCUCGUCGGUGAAAAAUAUUGGAAGCCGCGGGUAGACGUAGAAUUUGCGAACGAAAGAGAUGAUUGCGCGAGUCGUUUUUUAUCUCUUCAUUCGAUCUAUCUCUCUCCCUCCCUCUCGGCGAAUCUUUGCUGCGCAAACCGUAGAGGGAAAAAGAAAUACAAAAAAAAAAAUAAGCGAAUAAACACUCCGAACGGGAGAGAGAAAGAGAAAAAGCGAAAAUAUGUAUGUGAGAAAUGCGACGGAAUGAAUGUAACUGGUAUACAAGUUCCUCUGACAGUUAAAGUAGCGGGGGUGAGGCGACAACGGUCCGUUAGUCCUCUGUCGCUUGGGUGAUCAAUUUUUUCUUUUUUUUUUUUUCUCUAUACUCUCACGAGCCAAGACUUUCGCACCGAGCCCUUCGUUCAGUUUUCUCAAGCAUUAUUAUUCUUAUUAUUACUGCUAUUGCCACUAACGCUAUUACCAUUAAUAUUAUUAUUAUUAUUAUUAUUAUUACAUUGUGAAUUUUUUUUAUUAUUAAUUAUUAUUUUGUUUUAUUUUUAAUCGCUAUUUAUUUUAUGUAUGUAAACCACCUCGCUACGAUUUCUUCGUUCGUCAUGUUGUUACAUAUUCUCCAAUAUUAUUCGGCUAUUUUCAAAAUGAAUGAAAGACGAAUAGAUAAAACGAAUUGUUUUGUUUUUUCUUCUUUUUUUUAUCAAUUACUCUCUUUUUUCUCUUUCUCCCUUUCUCUCCCUCAUUGUAAAAUCCUAAGAUGGUAGUGAGAUAUGGAAUUUGUUAAAUACAUGUACAUAAACUUUAAGCGAAAAGACAUGGAUUUUUUAUCAUUUUUUUUGCACGCACACACUUACACACGCAUU